AUGGUAAGUAUGUAACCCGCGGACUGUGAAGCCUGAACGUAGAUAUGACGGUCGAGAGAUUCAAAACCAUUCAGAAGUUAACCAACUUUUUAAAACGUCAUAUACUCUUUGUACGACUAAAAAAGUCAAAGAAGAAGUCAUUUUUAAUCAAAGGAGUGCACAAAAAAUUCUGUUAUAUUACGUUGCCACAAAAUACAUGUCAAAACCGGUGGAAAACAAUCAAACUACUCAAUUAAUCAGUUUUCGACAAAUAUGCUUUUUGCUCACGGCUGAGAGGAGGCUAAUUCAAAAACCGGCAUUCUGGUGUAAUUGAAAUAUUUCGAAAUUACGCCGUAUGGCAACCAAUACCACAACCCCACUUACGUAAUCCUUUCUAAUCAAAAACGCGUUCCGGGAUUUUGGUUAACAUUUAAUGAGGUUGGACACUAACUUUAAAUUCAUUCCCCGACAAAUAAAGAGAAACGUGACAGGGGGAAUCUUUUAAUCGGUUUGGAUAAAACUGUGUCUACCACCUUCUUUUCAGGGAAAGAGGGUGUGUAUCUCCCACCGCUAGCCGUUGUGCUAAAACACGUAAAUCAAAGAACAUCGCUUGCCACACCCUGUAAUUUUGCAAUCCUGCUGUCUUCUAUGAAAUAUUAUAUCUACAUUAAUAGUAGGCCACAGAAUGACGAGAAAGACAUUUUCGGCGGUCGUCAUAGUUAAAUGGUAAGGUAGUCUUCCCUGCAGUAAAGAUAAUUAGCACUUUCGUUCCUCAUAAAAUGAUAUUCCCUGAUUGCUUUACCAUUUCGUCUAAACGUAAGUUCAUUUCCAUUUUUAAACUGAAGAUAUCAGAUAUAUUCUAUUAAAGAGACUGCAUGCUUAUAAAACUAACUAAUAGCUUCUUGUUUGUGUUAUUUACUACUCUUUCAGAUCUGCGAAUUCGGUCUUAUUUCCCGGUCAAAUAAAGGGCAUAAAAACAUAGUGUGUUUUAGGAUUUGAUUCAGUACGACUUGUUUGAUGAGAACCGUCAAUGACAGGGUGGCGAGGAGUGGAUUCAUUACCUAAAUAUGGACAUUAUUUUUUUGUUUUUAUUGCUUACUGUUGUUUCGGAGGCGCAGCGACGUAAGGACUGGCAAAAUGGCUGUUUCGGCACCUCAAAUUUCCGACCGCUGAUUUGGACACCACCGUCUGUUCGUCAACACAAUUCCUGGAGAAGCUUAAAGGAGUAAGCCUCUUGCCAAAUAAGGUCAUGAUAUCUUCUGAUGUCACGUCCCUCUUUACUUCUAUCCCCCAGGAUCUGCAACUCGAGACCGUUGAGUUGCUCCUACGAAGCAAAUACGAUGAAACAGCGAAUCGCCGCGGACAUGCCCCAGUCCUUCAGCUCCUAAAGUUCUGUCUCAGGACGUACUUCACGUUUGAAGGAACAAUCUACGAGCAAGUGAAGGGAACACCAAUGGGCUCGCCGAUUUCGGGAUUCAUCGCCAAGGCGGUCCUACAGCGGUUGGAGUCGCUGGUCUUCCAACAACACAGACCGAAAUUCUGGGCUCCGUAUGUGGUCGAUACCUUCGUCGUCAUCGAACGUUAA